GCCUGGUGAGCCAGCUGCCUCGUCCCCGACGCCCGUUCCUUUGGAGACCGUGUCACCAUUCCCCUGAGUACCUGGCCACCAUGAUCCUGCUCAUCAAUAGUGCCAAUUGCCAAGUAGCAGGUUUCGCUGUAGCCACUGUAGGAUGGAUCCUCUCUACCAUUUGCAUGGGCCUCGUGGAGUGGCGAGUGUGGUACAUGGAUAACACCUCCCUCUUCCCCUCGGGCCUGGCCUGCGUGGGAAUGUGGAAAGUCUGCAUUUACCACCGUGCCGGCAACUUCAACAGAGCCACAUCGUGUCACCGUUACACCUACCACAAUACUUACCUCCCUGUUGACAUUCGUGUUGCUCAAAACCUCCUGCUGGUUGCCAGCGUUCUAGGGCUCUUGGGGAAAGUCUCCACCACCUUUGCACUUAGGAAUGUGUACGUGGGAAUUCUUUGGAAGAAUGUUACCUGCACUGCAUUUGUUGCUUCAGGAAUUCUGAACAUAGCUGCUGGUGUCUGUAUCUCCAUAGCUGUGAUCUGGAAUUACUACUCGGUGAUGAAUGAGGAGGGUAUCGCCUUCCCGCCACCUUUCUGUAUGCCCUUCAAGCCAGAUACUCAGGAAAUUGGCAGUGCUGUUACAGUGGCAUGUCUGGCUGCCUUCAUGAUGUUGUUAAAUGGGUCGUUUUUCCUCUCUUAUAAAUUACCCCUGGAGAGCCAACCGCAUCCUGAAGUUUCAGAAAUAUAAAAUUCCUGGUUGCACUGGCUUUGCACAGCCAAGAUUACCAGGAGUUUGUGGGAAGUAUUCCAGGAUGCUCUAUCAAAUAUUUCCAAGGACUCACGACCAUGGCAAAGGUUUUGGACAGAAAGAGCCAACUGUUUCCUUCUGCAUCUGAGUUUGGUUCAUUGAUUGGUUGG